CCCAGCCGCGCCAUGGCCGCCGCGCUCCAGCCCCUCCGCGCCCUCAGCCGCGCCGCGAUGGAGCCCCGCGCCCGCCGCCUGCACCUCAGCGCCGCUCGCGGGGACGCCGUGGUGAUCUCGGGCAGGAAGCUGGCGCGGCAGAUCCGGCAGGAGGCGCGGCACGAGGUGCAGCAGUGGGUGGCUGCCGGCAACAGGAGGCCGCACCUGAGCGUGGUGCUGGUGGGCGAGAACCCGGCCAGCCACUCCUACGUGCUCAACAAAACCAAAGCGGCGGCUGAUGUGGGGAUCAGCAGCGAGACCAUCCUCAGGCCAGCCUCCAUCAGCGAGGAGGAGCUGCUGGAGCUGAUUGCCAAACUCAACAGCGACACGGCCGUGGACGGGCUCCUGGUGCAGCUCCCCCUGCCUGAGCACAUCGACGAGCGCCGCGUGUGCAACGCCGUGAGCCCGCACAAGGACGUGGACGGGUUCCACGUGCUCAACGUGGGCAGGAUGUGCCUGGACCAGGACUCCAUGCUGCCUGCCACGCCCAGGGGUGUCUGGGAGAUCAUCCAGAGGACAGGGAUCCCCACGCUGGGCAGGAACGUGGUGGUGGCGGGCAGGUCCAAGAACGUGGGCAUGCCCAUCGCCAUGCUGCUGCACACCGACGGCAGCCACGAGCGCCCCGGAGGUGACGCCACGGUGACGAUCUCGCACCGCUACACGCCCAAGGAGCAGCUGAAGCAGCACACCAUCCGUGCUGACAUCGUGGUGGCUGCUGCAGGCAUCCCCAACCUGAUCACGGCUGACAUGAUCAAGGAGGGCGCGGCCGUCAUCGACGUUGGCAUCACCCGCGUGCACGACCCGCUCACGGCCCGGCCCCGCCUCGUGGGGGACGUGGACUUCGAGGGGGUGAAGAAGAAGGCGAGUUACAUCACACCCGUGCCCGGCGGCGUGGGGCCCAUGACGGUGGCCAUGCUGAUGAAGAACACCAUCAUCGCUGCCAAGAAACUGCUGAAAACCUGUGAGCUGCAGGCUGUGCCUGCCUAAACAGGCUGGGCUUAACCAGGGGCACCUCAGAGCUGGGUUUAAUGAGGGGUCCCUGUGAACCAGGCUUAACAAGGGGUCCCUCAGAACACCACCACUGCUGCCAAGAAACUGCUGAGACCCUGUGAGCUCCAGGCUCUGCCUGCCUAAACAGGGCUGGGCUUAAUGAAGGGUCCUCCAAGCCAGGUUUAAUGAGGGCCCCUCAGAGCCAGGCCUAACCUCGCCAUUCCAGCCUGCCAGGCCGACAGCAAAUGCAAUAUUGCAGUAUUUGUUAUUUAUUGUCCUGCAGGUGGGGCUUUCCCCAGCCUGAGCUCACAGGGAUUGGCUGAGCUGGGAUUAUCCAAACUCCUGCUUGGUUUUAGAGCUGGGAUUAUCCACACUCCUCCUGCUUUGGUUUUGGGCUGGGAUUAUCCAAACUCCAGUUUUGUAUCCACACUCCAAUUUUGUGUUUGAGCUGGGAUUACCUGCCCUGCUCCUGUUUGCAUCCUGGCUCUCCCAGUUCCCCCUCAGGGCUGGAUCUGUAGUUGAAGCUCUUCUCUAGAGGAAUUGCUUGAAAAAACAAAUGAAAAUUAAAGCCAUACUUUAGUCCUGGGGCUGCGCAGGCCUGGGCUGGUGUAGCCUGUUCUAGAGUGCAGCUAGGCUGAGCUUUUCUUGCUCUCUGGAUCAAUGGUGAGUUCUCAAAGCCUGUUCUAGGCUGAGCUUUUCUUGCUCUCUGGAUUAAUGGUGAGUUCUCAAAGCCUGUUCUAGGCUGGGCUUUUCCUGCUCUCUGGAUUAAAGGUGAAUUUUUAAAGCCUGUUCUAGGCUGGACUUUUCCUGCUCUCUGGAUUAAAGGUGAAUUUUUCAAACCCUUUUUUGUAACCAAAGACCAGCUGGGCGUGGGGGAGCUCCUGCACCGUGUGUAAAGUGUGAGUAGCUCAGGCUGCCUCAAUAAAGUGUGAGAAGACCAAAAA